CAACUACCGAAGAAGUACCAUCCUGUUACCAAAUAUAGCUUUCUCAGUGAAUUGGUUGGAAUCCUAUAAUCUUUGAAAUUGACCAAAGUGGCAGUCCUCCAAAGAAUAAUAAAGAUCAUAUGCAAUGAAACCACUAUAGUCACACCGACUGUGAAGUGAGUUAAUGAAAAUCAGGACGCGAAGUUUUAAGCGUGAAGGUUGAAGGUUAAGUGGUGGCGGCAUUUGAUAUGAGCGGUGUUAAGGACAGAGAAUUGUUUUCUCACUUAUAUAAUAUUCCUUUCCCUUUGUUUGUGGUAGCCGGUGUGUCACUUCCCCUUUUUGGACUAAUUAUUUGUUUCGUGGUUUCUGUAUGCCUGAAUUUCGAUGAGGUUACAGAGUCGGUCUGUGGAGUAUGUCAUUAAAAUAGUUUUUACAUCCCUUCUGGAUUACACCUCAGCUAUAUUUUUGGCGUUACAUGAUUGGAUUACAUAGUGCACCACGUUUACUCCUUGCUUUAAUCUAUAUUCGGUAUCAUAUGACGUGUUACAGAUUGUUUAAUCUGUCAAUACGCUUUAAAAUACUAGUGCAAGCUGCAUUCUGUCUUAACCUUUUGGACGUGAUUGUCUUUGUUGGGGUUUCUUUUGUGUCCAAUCGAGAGAAUUACCGUAUGUUGAUUAUUAGUCUUUCUAAUAAUUUUAUAGCUCUCCAUGAAGGCUUGUUCAUCGUAUUUUUGUUCGCUUCAACUGCCUAUAUGAUAGUUACUUUGAUGAUUCACCGGGUUAUAGGAGUGACGACUUGCAACCCGAAAGUAAUACUCUAAUUUACAUGACUAAUAGUUCCAGUUUAAGCAUUCUUUUUACAUUAAGUCCUUGUUUUUUGGGCUCAAUGUUUUCCUGAUUCUGUUGUUAAUCCAACAGUUCUACAAUCAUCGAUUUAUUUGUAAGGCAAAUGGUAAGUCCGCUAUUCCCAGUCCGUAUUUUAUAUUUCAGUUCUUACUUUUUGUAAAUCUUGUAGUUGAUAUAGUAGUCCGUGGAUUCCCUGUUAAUCGGUGCACAUCCAGUUUGCUCUGGAAGGAAUUUAUAAGGGUUUCUGUCACCAUUAGCUUAAAUAUAUUUUAGGGAAAUCAGAAGAUUAAACUUCGAGUUACUGAGGUAUGUAAGUCAUAUAUAGUGUUGCCGAGGUACUGCUGUGCAUCUAAGACUAGUUUAUUGAUAAGGAGUAAUGUGAACGUUUUGACCACUACUGUUGUUGAGCGAACUGUUUUAGCCCUAUUAGCCCUUCUGGUAAAGUACACUUCUGCGAUCCUUGACGAGUAAAGCGGAUUCGUAUCAUUAUUAAAUAUUAGUAACUGUUAUAUUUUAUAUUCACGUAGGAAAUUAAGUCCUAAUAACCUACUUCAAUAUUAUUAUUCCCUUGAGUUCUGAGUGGUGCAUUGGGCUUUGGCAGCACACCUUCAUUUCAUCUUUCACUGUAGAGCCGGCCCCGCUUCCACGUUGUCUACAUACGAUCUCUAUCAUGCCACCCUCGAAGUUGCAGCUUGUCUUUUCCCAUUCGGCUUCUGCUUGACCAUCUGGCGCACGAUGUCACUCAACGGUUUCAGCGUGUUUUUGAUCUAUCUGUACUUCUUUAGCAAUAUUUUUUUAGUCUAUUGAUUCUUAGUUGGUCCGUUGCCUGACAAAGUUCCUUGUUUAACCUAAUAAAAUAUGCUUCUAUUUCACCGUUUAUUUACGGAUUCCGUCUUAAUCAAAUUUUUCCAUUAUUUGGUGUUUAUAAGAUAAUAUUGAUCACGUUAACAAUGCAAUUUAUUUCUUCUCCUCUUAAGCAUUUAGUUGGUUCUCUGCUAGUGAAUACGGUAUUGCAAUUGCCAAUAUGGGAUUUCAUUUAACCGCUGCAUACGACUUUCAAGACGUGGUUUUAACAACAAAAACUCCAAAAUUGUGCAAUGAAUAGACAAAUUCACUGCCUUUUUUUGGGGGGGGGGACAGUUGUUGUCUUUCAACUGCCUGUUUUGACUGUAUUUUGCCACUUUAACCUGUGUGUAUGUACAAAUAUGUCUGAAUGUACAUCCCCCUUGUUUUGAAAGUGUUUUCUGCUUUUCUUUUUGAUACUUGUCUUAUCCUUUGUUUGUUUAUUUAAUUGUGCUAAUAUUUUGAUUUUUACAUUAGUGAUGUAUUUCUUUUUCGUUUUUUAUUUUUGUUUGUUUUCAAAAAUGUUACUGUGAAAUUAUUUAGUGUUCUUGGGUGAAUUUCUUUUUGCAGAUAAUUUUUGAAUUGUCUUUUGAGUAAUAAUUAUAACAUUUUGUACUACUAGUCCGCAAGUGUAUUUACUAAUGUGUGUAGAUAUAUAUGUGUAUGUUUGUGUGAAAAAUCUGCAAAUAAAAUACAUGAUAGAGUACUUUUUGGCUUUGCUGCUUACUUUGAUUUGUAAAUCACGUGAUUUUCAGUUGGGCACUUUUUUUCUUUUUUUUUUCUCUCUCUCUCUCUCUCGUAGACUAGAUGGUCAAUUUGCCUCGAAGACACGAAGAAAAACUUGCAAUAGAAAAAUGCUUGCGUUCAUUCAUAAUUAAGUCAAUACACGCUAUUGUACAAGCCCGUAAUGGCAUUGUCUGUAAUACGAAUUGUAUGUCUGAAGUUGGUGCCAGGAAUAAUAUGAUGGUGUAUGUAGAAGAAGAUCCUGAGAUUGGAGCAACAAUAAAACAGACAAUGGAUGCUAAUUUCCCUGUGCAUGUACAAGAUCUAUUAAGCUUGGAAAUUAUAGCCCAUUGGCCUAGAGAACCACAAAUGCUAAUGGUUGUAGAAGUUUGGCAAUUUCGAUUAGAUAUUAUCGAGAGACUUGAAAGUUGUAAUAAUAAUAGUAGUAAUACCACUGCUACUACAAUACAAAAUACAACAACAACAACAAAUUUAAAUGCAACUGUUAACAGCAAUGCCACAGGAACAGAAAAUUGUGCCGAUGGUUCACAGUCAACAGAAUAUGCUGUGGAUGAUUUUAGGCAUUUACGUUUAUUUGAGAAAUUGGGUACACUGUUAAAGUCGAUUAUGGUUGUUACUCGCCUGCUGCCUGGCUAUCAACUGUCGCGUAGCCAGGAUCCUGCAGAUUAUCAGAUGUGUUAUACACUUCGCCGUGGUCCUAGUGAUCUAUCCAGACUGGGAGCUUCACCGAAAUCCUAUAAUGUUGGUCGUGUAUUCUCUGGUUUAGCAGUACCGCAAUCUCCUGGAGAAAAAGGUUCGCCCAUUACUACUGCUACUACGGUCACGGAUAAAACAACUAAAGUUGGCUCUGAUAGUAGUGGCAGCGGUGGUCUGACUAUCGCAGAUGGUUUAAUUCCGGUUUACUUGGGUACAACUGUACAUUAUCGUACUCAAAUUCACUAUGGACCCACAAAUAAACUGAUACCUGUUGUUGACGGUGUAACCAAGGCUAAUUUAUCUGGUAAAAAUGGAAUAAAUGAGAUAUUUGAUGCCAACAGUCUUCGGAGUGUUGACUGUCACUCUCUCCACAACAAUCAAAAGUCACAGAAACAUGUUCGUGUUGCUGAAAAACCUACUCAAGCUGUCGACUUCAUUAAAUUCGAACAGUCCAAAUUACCAUGUCGGGUAAAGCCAGCUUUCGCAUUUGAGCAAUAUGAAACUGAGCCUGAUGAAUACUUUGAUCCAGCCAGUCAGUUGUUAAGCAAGAAGUCAGCUGAACGAGUAGCUCGACGAUUUCAGCAUACUGGAAUUCUUGAAACACAAGAAGAAGAACACGCAGAUUCAUCACAUGAUGAAGAUGAUUGUGAAGAAGCCUUCAAUCCUUAUUCUUCUGUCAAUAAUGACUCAUCAUCGUCUAAUGCUGCUGCUAUCCAUGGAGAAGUAGUAGUACGAAAUCAUUCAGGCCAAGAAAUUGAAACAAUGAAUAAUCCACGUAAUUCUCUGAAUGAAAUUGAUUUAUUAGAAUUGAUGAGAAAUUUACGCGCACAGUGUACUAGUUCACCACAGGACAGGGAUUCUGCAAGUGAAGAUGAAGAUAUCCUGAGUAAACAAGUCCCACUUCAGCUACCCUUCAGUACAUUUGGUGUUAGUGGAGCUCGAUUAACUCAUCUUUUCGCUGAGUUACGUGAACGAGCCAAUCUUGACCUGUUUCAAGUUCCACAGAUAAAUAGCACCGGCAGCAGUCACAACAGCAGUUUGAAUCCUGUUUCUGGAGUUAAUAAUCUAAAUAACAAUAUUAAUAUAACUGGUUGUAGUAAUACAGCUCAAUCGUCUUUAUUCGAUGCAGAUGCUCUAGCUGAUGAAUUAGAAAGGCAUGAGAGAAUGCUGAAAGAAUUCGACGAUUUUCUAUCAGAUUUUCAAAAUAUUGAACCAUUUGGAAUUGUACGUCCACCUGUACCAUCUGAAGUUGUCAGGCAACAACAUGGACUUGGCAGUGUCGGAGGCGGCGUUGCCAGUGGUUGUGGUGGUGGUGGUGGUGGUAAUAUUCCCGGUAAUAAUACCACUCUGUUGACAACACGAACACCUCAUCCUGUUAAUGAGGGUUAAUUUUUUUUAAAAAAAAGAAACUUUCAUACACAAAAAUAAGAGCAAUAUAUUAUUAUUAUUAUUAUUGUUACUAUCAUAAUAUCAUGACAUGGAAAUUCUAAGUGAUGUUUUAUCUAAGACAUAAUAUAUUAUAUAUAUAUAUAUAUAUAUAUAUAUAUAUAUAUAUAUAUAAUUAUACAUAUGUAAAUGGCUGUUAGUAUUUUCCCCGUCAGAGUUAUUAUUAUUAUCAUUAUUUUGCUUUUUCAUUAUGCUUUCACAAAGUGGUAAUCAUCAUUGCUUUGUAAAUUAAUUAAUAAUUUUACUAUAUAAUUUGGUUUUUUUCACUUUCUUUUUUUGUCUUUCUUGUUUUCUCAUAUAUUUUUGAUCUUUUAAUUUCUCAAAAUUUAUUUCGUUUGGCAGUUGUUAUUUAAAAAAAAACUGUGUUUGAUUUGAGAAGAAAAAGAAGUACUUUGGACUUGUUAAUCUUCUUUCUGUCUUCUGUUUUAUAGACUAGAGUUGAAUAAAGUGUG